UAAACGCCAACCAAAACCUUCCUUAUUAAGAAUAAUCCUUCUCUCUCUCUCUCUCUUAGAAAUGGCCGAAGUGGAAAGAAGCCAAGAGAGUGAGGGGAUUAAGCUGUUUGGUGCAAUGAUUACUUUGCAUGAUAGGAAAGUAAUUAACGAGGGAGAAAAAGGAAGCGAAGAAGAUGAAGAUGAGACGGUGGAGAAGAAGUCAGAGAAGAUGAUAGAGUGUCCAAGAUGCAAUAGCACGGAGACCAAAUUCUGUUACUUCAACAACUACAACGUUAAUCAGCCAAGGCAUUUCUGCAAGAGCUGCAAGAGGUACUGGACCGCUGGUGGGGCCCUUCGAAACGUUCCGGUUGGAGCUGGCCGGCGGAAGGCCAAGUCGCCGCCGCCAUGCCAUGGAGCCGAUGGACUCAUGGAGGGUAAUUCCGAUGAUGACCAGUUUGGGUUGGUUUUGGAUAAAUGGCACGUUGCCAAGGCGUCUCAGAGUGAUUUCCGGCAUGCUUUUCCGGCCAAGCGGCGGAGGACAAACCCAGCUCAACGUACGUCAAGAUCAAUGAACCCCUUAUUAUGAUGAGAAAGCUUCAACAGCAACAGAAUAAAACAUACCUGAUCGAUGUAUAAAGAUGUUAAUUUUUUAUAGGCGAUGUAUAAAGAUGUGAAUACCCAAAAAAAAAUGGCGCAGCAAAGCAACUUAUGAUGUUCAAUUCAACUAUGAGGAGACGUGACAAUUUUGCUUAUUUCUUGGCUUCUACAGCUUUUAAGGGCAUAUGACUGAAUUGCCCAUAAUUUAUUCAAAUUCAAGUGAAUUACUCAUUAGCUGUGAUGACAUGAUUGUGCACAUAUAUGAAAGCCAUACCAAUUGAUUUAGGGAUAUAGAUGAAAUGGUCAAUGCACAAAGAGAGGUAAGAUAUUGUAAAAGUACACUUCCAAAACUAAAGACUCGAUGAUUAGUGCAGCAAAUUGUAAUUUAAGCGUUUAAUUCUUAUUCCCUUUCUCUUUCAUUUGCUUUAACAAA